UCUGCACUUGCACAUAUAAAAUAAAUUGUAGAGAAUUUGUUUAUUGCGCUUUUCUUACUGAUUUUAUAAUUGUGAUAAUUGAAUAAUAAAACAUUUCGAGAAUAAAAUAUCAAUAUAAAUAUGGCUGUUGAGGUAUCUCAUCCGUCGGCCGAUCAGCCACAACCACUGCUGGCUGCUCAAAAUUCGUUGGAACAAACAUUCGUAUUUUUCCUCAACUCCACACAACGCUUCGUCAAUUUGUAUUGGAUGGACUUUAAUGGCAGUCAAGAUUUCUUUACCAUGCUCAAACCGGGAGCAGGCAUAAAGGCAAACACUUUUGUAACACAUCCUUGGAUAUUUCGUGAUUCUCAGACGGGCGAACGUAUGCAGGUAAAACAUCAAGAUAUAUUUUGGCCACAACUAUACAGGGUACGUGAUCCACAGAAUAGGUGUCAAUGGAUACCGUGUCGCAAGUUGAUAACCAUACAUCAGCCCGUGCGAUCUUUGCGUUAUAUCAGCCUGUGGAAUUAUGCCAAACAGAUAUAUGGAAAUCAUACGGUAGUGCUGGAAAGGGAAGACAUACCAAAUAUAUUGAAACGUGACUUGAGUAAUGUCUUGAAAUUAAUAGAAAAACAUCGUGCCACGGGGGUAAGAAGGAGGUAGUGUUAGUUAGGGCAUUAGGUGAUAACUCAUUUCUUAGUUUGAAUUUCUAUUUUUAACCAAAAUGUAGACUAAUACAUUUAACUCAUAAUUUUAUUAUACAUUUUAAAGCAUUUGUGAGAAAUAACACUUGAGGAAAAUCUAUUUAUAUGAAUAAUCGUUUAUAUGCGAUUUUCUUUAUUCAAAUGUAAACGAUAUUCAUAGUAAAAAGAUACAGAUUUGUGAUGAAAAUCGAUCGAUUUGGAAUGUUGUGAUGAAUUUCGAUCGAUUUUAAGAAUAAUUUUCAUAUUGCUUAUUCUUUUUUUUUAUUCUGAAUAAAAAAGACCAGAUGACAAAUAGAUAAUAGUUUAAUAGAUACAAGUUAAUUUAGAAGUAUCAAUAUGAAAGUUUAAGCUAUUUACAAAUCGAAAACAAUAAAUUCAUCACUACCUUAUUCAAAUCGUUUCGUUUUGAAUAUUGAUUUCCAUCACACACCUGAUAUAUUACAUUUAUUUUAAAGCAUUCAUUUAAUACUUUAGACAUUUCCUUAAAAUAAAUCUAUUGUUUACUAACCUUCUCGACAUGAAACUACUAGCAUCCUUUUCUAAAAUUAAUUUUUUUGCAACUCAUUUCAUUAAUAUUUAAUUUUCAUUUAAAUUAGCAAUUAGUGAUUACCCCUAAAAAAAGAACACAUAUACAUAAUUUCCUAAAUCUGGAAUACGGCCUAGAAGGCAUUCUAGCAAUAAAAACAUAAACUAGUAUUAAGUAGUUAGAUAUUUACAUGUUUUUUAUGUUUUGCCUUUAUUUAGAGUAAUUGGCAUAGAUUUCAUCAUCAUAUUUGAAUAUGUAUGUUUAUUUAAUAAUUAUUAUAGCUAAAAAUUGGAUAACAACUUCUGUACUCUUUCAUUAAUUCUUUAUUAAAUAAGAUUUUAUUUAGUUUGUUGCUAUAUGAAAAUGAUAAAUACUUUUUGCAUUAUUAAUAAUAAAAAAAAACGCAAUUUCACAAAAUAGUCCCAUUAAUGAUGCAGUUAUAAAAGAGUAUUCAAAUAGGAUCAGUUAUAGUUUGAGGUUAACUUCAAUGGAAUAAGACUACUAUAGAGCGAUAAUUUUGUAAUUUUAAGAAAAUUCGUUUUGUGGUUUACAACAAACUAAAUAAAAACCAUUUAAAUAGAUAUA